AUGCAAGCGGUAAACUUCAAUCCAAACGACACAAAAUACAAAGCCUGCUGCUGCCACGCGAAAACUUUCACGAUCGUCGUCGGGAUUCUCGAAAUCUUCACCAUUUGCUUUAUUCUUGUGGCAGGUUGAGGGAAAAAAUGAAUUCAAUUUUUUUUCGGAUUGAGGCCAAAGACAAAAUAAUUUGUCCACCGCAUUUGGUUAAUGCGAAGAUGUCAUUUUGCCAUUUUUAAAAGUUUCAGGCAAACUUUAUCACUAUCAAGUUUCUCACCAACGGAAUGAGUUUAUUUUCACCUCCAGUUAAAUUUUUUCUACGCAAAAAACAGCACAAUGUAUUUUGCCAUUUUUUUUUCAAUGCAAAGGUUUAUUCAAUGUAUAUGAUCUUGUAAAUUUGAAAAUUCAACAAAAUCUGCUGCUAUUUAUCUGUUUAUCAAAUAAAAUACGCAUAGUUAGUCAUUCUCCCAAAACAUAAUUGAUAUAUCUGUAUUCGAAGACAAGCAAUGAAUAAAAAUUUGUGAGCUUCACACGGAAAUCGAAAAAAAAAACUGGUGCUUUUUUUCAUUUCCGCUUUUCAAAAGGCUUGUAUUCAAUACGCAAUCAAUUUCAAUUGCCCAAAAAGGAGAGUGAUUGAAAAAAAAAUUAGAAAAAGAUGGAUAUUACGAAACAAAAAUUGUAAUUUUUUCCAUUGCAGUUUUACCGGAUUUGAACUCGAGAAUUUGCGAAGGAUAUUACAAUGGAUACAACGAAACGAGUAACUCGAGUUUUUAUGUUGCUCAAUCAGUUAGUUCGAACGACAGGUAUUUUUGUGAGCUUCAAGAGAAUUCUGUUUUUUUUUCAGUACCACUGGAGCUGUGAAAGAUGUAGAAAAUUUUAUUUGCGAACUGAACGUCGUUUUUCUGAUUUGGGCCGUGGCUCAGGUCAACUGAAAUUUUUUCUCUCAAAACUUUCAAAUGAAAAUUUAGAUCGUUUCAAUAAACGUCAUGUUCUAUGGAAUCAAAAUAAUACGCUGGUUCCUUUUUGUACCUCACAUUUUGUUCAGGUAUUAGAUUCCUAAUGAUGAACCAGAAAAAUUGAGUUCAGGUUAUGUUGUGCAGCCCUUCUUGUUGGUCUGCAGGGCAUAUUCGUGUAUUUCUGUCUCAUAUCCAACGGCGAUUUCACUUCUUACGUGGUCGCCAUCAUUUUUCUUACUCUGUUGCUUUUAUUCUGGCUUUAUGCAACGGUAAGAGCUUUUUAUGAACAUUUUCUGGAACCAAAACAAAAAACUGAUGAUCAAACUGAAUAGAGCAUACAAAAAAAUUGUCUUUUUCAAUGUGGAUUUUUUUAUCAUUUUUUUCAUUUCCUUUUUGAAACGAAUGUUUCUUUACUCAAAAAAAUGACCAUUUUUUUCUAAUAAAAACUAAAAAUUUUUUUGAGAAAAAUCCAACAAAACUCUGUUCGCAGUUUCAUCCUUGAACAUCAUUUUAGUGGAUUGAAAUACGAUGUGCACAUUUCAUCAAGAGAUCUCAAGAAACAGGAUUCUCAAUAUCCGUCGCUCGUCCCAUUGGUCCCGCGACGAUUUCUCUCAGCGAAAGAGAAGCGCCUCCACCGGUGAGCCCAGCUUUGAGUCAACUCUUCCAUUUUCCAAAGCUCACGGCGGAUGGAAAUUUUUCAGCUGCCCGUUCGUCAACUCCCACCUCUCCGUCACACGCGAAACCCUUACGUGACCCAGGAGAAAGCAGAGUAGAAAAUGAUUCGUCACUUCGUUCAAGGAAUCGAACAAAACUAAUAAACUGAAAAAGACAAGGAAAUGAGACCACAUUGUCAGAAAAAAAAACUCGCGAUAAUAGAGAAGUAGCGUGUGACGAACUCCGUUAAUGGGCUCUGUCGACGUGAAAAGUUCCGAAAUCUGCUUGGGCUGCGUUGAACUUCAGAUCAUUAUUUUUUGGCAACAUGACAAAUUUCAAAACAAUUUUUUGAGAAAACCAAGAAUCAGCAAUUAAAAUAUUGAGACGUCUCCGUGUUCGUUACGGAAAAAUUUUCAUUCAUAAUUCAUCCAGAAAAAAAGGCAUCCGAAAUUUACCAAAAGUACAAUGUCCAACGAGGAACACGUUUGAGAAAAACGACAUUUUCAGGUUGGUUCUCAUGUUUUCAACCCGCAAAAAAGCGGAAGUAGACAUUUAGUUUUAAGAUCCAAAAAAAAAUGAACUUCCCAAACGUCAUAAAUUGACAAAAAACCCCUUUUCCUUGGAAAAAACGCACCGCGCAAAAAAUGGGCAAACGUACAAACUAUAAAAAAAGCAUUGAAAUAAAACACUGAUUAAACUUGUAGUAGCGUUUUCUCAAACAGUUUUUUGCAAGUAACCUCGAUCCAAUACGUUUUUAAACGAGAACUCGAAAAUUCUUACGUUUGAACAUUUUUUUUCGGUUUAUACACAGUGCCCAACUCCUUGACACACGCGGAAAUACUUGACGUUUUCAUUGGUUCUCAUGUUCUCAAUUCAAAAAAUGUAGACAUCUAGUUUCUUAAAUCUGAAAAAAUAAACUUUGCCAACGUCACAAUUUGGCGUGAAAACCCGUUUUUUUUUUGAAAAGACUCCACUUGCCAGUUCAAAAACAUUUUUUAUCAAAAAUUGAAAAAAAAUGACAGUUUUCGAGUUCAUGCAAGAAUAUUGGGAGAGUAAACUUUUUGCAGCUUGUGAAAUAAAGUUUGUGCAACACUAGAGAUGCUCUGAAAUCCAGAAAAAGUGAAGAAGCUUCAAAAAAAAAGUCCAUCGAAGAGGCGAAAUACUAUUUAAAGAAAGGCAUACAGUCGAAAUUCAAGCUGAGGUCGUUUUUAGACGGUUUUUUCAUUGUAGGCGGCUAAAAAAGUAAAAGUGUUUAAGCAUUAACAUAAUGAUUGUUAUCACUGGUUAACUACAAAAAAAUGACUCUGAAAACAGAUUCUGUCAACUUAAACUGAGAAGAAAUUGCGUAAUUUUGGUAUCCGCGCCUAUUAGGACGACCGCUUCAAACACAGUGCUUGCUGCUCUUUUAUGUAAUUAUAAAACAAAAUUAUUGAAACAAACAAAAAAAUUCGGUUACUUGAAUACUGAAGCUUUUUUUGAACUUCUUGAUCAUACCGCGAAAACUUGUUCAUUUCAUGAAAUUAUAAAAAAACAAUCAACCCUGAUUCAUUUUAUUUCGAGAAAACUCAACAGAAAAAGAAAGGACUUUAAAUUUUUUUUGAAUUUUUCCCGCACCAGUUACAGAAUUUAAAACAAAUGCUUAAAAAGUAAGGUGGCACAAUCUAACAGGCCCAUAAGUCGACGGAACUGAUACGAAAACGCGCCAGACAGUCUUUUGCCCCGUGUUUCUCGUCACUUGACACACACUGUUUGUGUUUCUAGUGCAGUACAACUAGCUGCCGACUAUUUUCCCCUCACCUUUUCUAUUGGUUCUAGGCCCCAUUUCUCGGAUACGAGUUCAAAUUCAAAUAAUCUGAUGAAUUCUGAAAAGCCCGUUUGCUUUGUUUGCGGCGACUCUGGAGACGGUCAUCAUUUUGGCGUCUCUGCUUGCAGGGCAUGUGCCGCUUUUUUUCGCAGAACUGUCGCACGCGGCAAAAACUAUUUCUGCCGUGAGACGUCUUCUUGCUGUAUUGAUUUAUGUGAGUUUUCAGGUCGAGUUUAAAUGUAAAUUUUAAGAACUGAAGGAAGUAUAAAAUCGGAGAAAAAAGUCUUUAGACAACGUUUUGAGGUACAAAAAUCACAAUAAUUUUUUUUUAGUUUUUCCAUAAACACACAUACACGCAUUUUUUGAAUCUAUUUUAUGUAAAUUAAAUUCCAAGCCAUUAAUCAGCAACUGUAGGAAUAAUAAAAAAACAUUUUCCCAAAUCUCACCAUUUUAUCAAUUCGCUUGUUAAACUUAUUCAAUCAAAUUCUUUAAUGUUUUUCCCUUAUAAUAUUUUUUUUCCGACUUUUACGAUUUUUUUAAACUUUUUUUUAAAAAUUUGUUUCGAAAGGAACUGAAACUUCAAAAAUAGUUCGAAUGUUGUGACGUCAAACAAGAGGAUACUGGUCCCCUCAAGGAGUCAAAAGUGACCGUAACGAUUUUAUAUUUUGAUUCGUAAUAUUUAUUUAAGUGGUUUAAUAACUUAAGUUUGAGAUAAAUUCUUCGUUGGACUGUCUACUGGGUAAAACCACAAGAAAAGAAACAAGAAAUCGGAGGACUCUGCUCAUCAAGAAGAAAACUGAAUUUUCUGAAUUACUUCAAAAAAAGGAAGGAAUGAAGAGGACAUUGGUGUUUCCCCUUAAUGUUUUCGUUAAUAAACGGUGAACUAAUUUUCUACCUUUUUGCAGCAAUCCGAAGUAUGUGCAAAGCCUGUCGAUAUAACAAAUGCCUAGCAGUUGGUAUGAGACGGUCAGGUAACUCUUUUUGUUAUUUUUAUUCAAUUUAUUCCACUUCAUUUUCAUUUUUUUACAGCUGUUCAGAAGAAUAGAGAGCCUCUUGGAAACCGCGGUGGAAGCAUUUCUUUGAAAGACGUUACUCGGAGUGAGCUCGAGGUCUGGCCUGACUUUUUUUCUCAACUUCUCUCAAAAAAAACCCCAAUUGCUCUUAGACUCGACUGAAUUCCCAAACAUCUUCACAUCUUCUGGGAACAAAACUCGAUUAUCUUGAACGACUGGUAAGAUGUUACGACGCCUUGAGGAACGCUCGGCUGUUGGUUCAUGCCGAUCCUUGCAGAAGCGUUGGUUGAGUAUUUUCUUGACAUCAAAACUAGAUCAGUGUUCAGGAACCUCGAAUAGCUCAACCUACGAUGUUUUUAUCAGCAAACAGUGUCCAAAUGAAAGACGCCCCGUUGGUUUAUGACUUCAUUCAAAACACAUUUCCAGAACUAUCUGAACUAGACUUCGCACAAAAGGUUGGUAUUUGAAGUGUUCAGUGCGAUAAACUUACAGGAAAUUCUGUUCAAAAAUUGCUUUCCCACUUUUGGAAUUAUUGAAGGAACUUACAACUGCAUGACAAGUAAGUUACACAUUUUUUUGACAAACAAUGAAAAUUGAGAUCGACGAGAUGUGUACUAUCUAGCAAAUGGAGAUUAUAUUGAUUACAACAACCCCGCCGCAGGUACGUCCACGGACGAAGAACUCAGAAAAAACGAGUGCGGAGCCAAGUAGGAAACUAUUAUUCGUUCGUAUAAUGUUGCAAAAUAUGUUCCUGCAGCCUUUUCAAAUCCGCUUUUGAUUUCUUUCGAAAGUCCGUUCUUUCAUCGAUGAUCAACCACGGAGUCCUUUUCGUUGAGAUGUUGGCUCUUCUCGUUUUUGUAGUUUGGGAUGUAGGUAAGUUUUUUUAUAUUUGAUUCAAACUUUGAAUUUGACUUUUUUCAGGACUCGAUGGACAGAAUGAAAAAAGCGAAAUGAUUGCGAGAAAAGUUCGCGAAACGGUGAUGAGAGAACUGUUGCAGUACUAUUCCUCCAAUCAAACUUGUUCUGAACCGAGCGUCAGGAUGGGGAACCUCAUGCUAAUCCCGUACACCGCGCUGGUCACUGAAAUGCAAAAAAGCCUAUUUUUUUAUUUUUGUUUUUAGAAAUCCGUCCGUCGGUUCCAGGAAAACGUGGAAAUUUCUCGAAUAUUUGACUUAGGACUGGUUGAAGGCGCCCUGUGUGAUCUUAUUGUACAGAAGGAGUAA